AUGCAUGAUAUCAAGCCUGGAGGUGUCCCGAGGAACCUCCUCGGCCUCCUCCUGGCCACAGUGGCCCUUACAGCCCAGGAGGUCGGAGAGGAGAACUUGUACUGCAAGUGCACCUGGAUAGACAAUUGGUGGUUCCACCUGGUCGAGGACUUGCCACGCAUUCUCGGAUCUCCAAAAGAUGGGGACGUGAUGUUUGUCCGCGAUGCGGCAGGUAAUGCCAGCCGGAAGAGCUUGCCUUCCUGGCAGCUGCUGGAGAAGUUGGUUUUGAAAGAAAGGCUGUGUCAGCACGAAUCGUCGCUGCUGGAAUUGCUGUCAGUCCAGAGCCUCUGCGUCCCCGGAGCGCUGGCCACGGACUUGUUGUGCACGCUCUACUACAGCUUUGCCUUCCGCAGCACGGAGCAGCUCCUGCUCCUUGCUGGGCGGCGAGCGCGGCGCAUGCGGCUGCUGUUCAACCAGGCCAAGGCGUGUUUGGAUGCCACUCCUUGGCCCUUCGACAUCGAAGACCUCGAAGAGUUUACCCGAAGCUGGUUGGAGUUCGAGGCGGAGGUUUGGCCGCCUCAGGGGACUCCCCGUGUGGUGGACGCCCCACCACCGCCACGCUGGACGGGGCGAAGCAAACCAAAGCCACGAAGCUCGCUGCCUGCAGACCUCCGUCGGUGCAUCCCUCUGCAGCGCGGUUCUGCUGCCAGUCAGAGCUCGAUGGCAGCACACUGUUGGGCGCGGCGAGCCACCUCAAUGGAUUCGAGCUGCAAGGAUUGUUGCGAUCCACGCUUCCCGCGUGGGCGGACAGAAUGUUUCGGCGGAGUAUGGACGUUUGAGGCCUGCUGCGCACCGGACGAUCUGACGGCUGGGUGGGGGCCACCGCCAAAGGCCGUGGAGACACUGACGAGUCCCGAGAGCCAUUCGGGACCCUUCCGGCAGCUCUGGGAGCUCCGCGGGGAGCUCCGAAAGGCCCGGCUUUCGGGGCCCAGAACUCCUGGCCGCAGGGCGGAAGACCAGGGCACAGCAAACUGGGAUCAGCUUCGGCAGUGGGUCGAGGCGCAGCUGGCCCUACCAGCCAGUGAAGGAGGUCGUCAGAAGCUCUUUCCCGAGCUCGACCUCCUCGUGUCCACGCGCGCUUGCGUGGGCCCGCAAAUGGAGUUGCCAUGGUUCCUUCUCGGCGGACGUGCAGAAGAUGCUGGUGUUGAGCUGGCGUCACGGAGUGGAGCCUUGUGUGGGCCCGGCCUGCCGGUGGCCGGUGAGCUGGUCUCUCUUCCCGGGCGCCGAGCUACGGUGCCCAGCGCUGGCAUCGAGGAGACUCCGGGGCUCCAUCGGUUGGAGGCGUACGGCCUCGAGCUCAUGGCACCUUGCCGAGUGCAAAACACAUCUGCCGAUGGCAGAUGCUUCUGCGGAGCGGAGCCGUGCACCACGUGGACAGAGUUUGGGCGGCAGUGCUGCCGCGAAGAUGACGGCAUCGUGCAGCAGCCCCGGGGUGCCCUUGGUGCUCCAAUUCUGAAUUUGGGAUUCCACUACUAA